GCGUGGCCCCGGAGGGGUGGGGCCUCCGCUGCGGACCGAAGCGAGAUGGCGGCCACCGAGGGGGUCGCGCAGGGGAGCGAGCCGGGUCAGUCGGAGCCACCACCUCCCCAGCCACACCCCCCACCCGCUGUGCAACAGCAGGAAGAGGAGAUGGCCGAGGCCAGAGAGGUGGUGGCGUCCCCUAUGGACGAUGGGUUUCUGAGCCUGGACUCCCCCACCUACGUGCUGUACAGAGACAGGGCAGAAUGGGCUGAUAUAGAUCCAGUGCCACAGAAUGAUGGCCCCAACCCAGUGGUCCAGAUCAUUUAUAGUGAAAAAUUUAGAGAUGUUUAUGAUUAUUUCCGGGCUGUUCUACAGCGUGAUGAAAGAAGUGAACGAGCUUUUAAACUAACCAGAGAUGCUAUUGAGUUAAAUGCAGCCAAUUAUACAGUGUGGCAUUUUCGGAGAGUUCUUCUAAAGUCACUUCAAAAGGAUCUAUAUGAAGAAUUGAACUAUAUCACUGCAAUAAUUGAGGAACAGCCAAAAAACUAUCAAGUUUGGCAUCAUAGGCGAGUAUUAGUUGAGUGGCUGAAAGAUCCAUCUCAGGAGCUUGAGUUUAUCGCUGAUAUUCUUAAUCAGGACGCAAAGAACUACCAUGCCUGGCAGCAUCGGCAGUGGGUUAUUCAGGAAUUUAAACUUUGGAAUAAUGAGCUUCAUUAUGUAGACCUACUUCUCAGAGAGGAUGUGAGAAAUAACUCUGUUUGGAACCAAAGAUACUUUGUAAUUUCUAACACCACUGGCUACAAUGAUCCUGCUAUAUUGGAAAGAGAAGUCCAGUACACUCUGGAAAGGAUCAAACUAGUACCACAUAAUGAAAGUGCAUGGAACUAUCUGAAAGGGAUUUUACAAGACCUUGGUCUUUCCAAAUAUCCCAAUUUGUUAAAUCAGUUACUUGACUUACAACCAAGUCACAGUUCCCCCUACCUAAUUGCCUUUCUUGUGGAUAUCUAUGAAGACAUGCUAGAAAACCAAUGUGAGGACAAGGAGGACAUUCUGAAUAAAGCACUAGAGUUAUGUGAAAUCCUAGCUAAAGAAAAGGACACUAUAAGAAAGGAAUAUUGGAGAUACAUUGGGAGAUCUCUUCAGAGCAAACACAGCACAGAAAAUGACCCAGCAACAAAUGUACAGCAAUAAUACAUACCAUCUAGAAGAACUUGAUGGAAGGCUUCUAUUUUGUUUUUAAAGACUGAUGCAGGAGUGUAAAACUAGAGUGAACAUUCCCUUUGCCUGUGGUGUAAAGUAUGCAUUACACAGGCACUGCUUUUUAACAAGAAUUAUGUGUGAUACUCCUUGGGUGCUGCUGCUAUUCAGACUAGUUCUAAGUAAUUCGAUUCUUUUAAAGUAAUUCUGGGGGGUGGGGGGCAGGAAAAGAAACAAAGUCCCACAAAAGAACUUUUUUUUAAUCUUACCAACAUUUACUCUAAUCCCUUAGCAUCUGCUCCAUACACAAUAUAUGUACCAGAAUUUGCAGCAAUAAUGAUUGCAGGUAACUUACGUGCAACGGAUGUGAGGUGACUUCAGUUUGGUUAAGGAAGGGAUGCAGUUGUUACAUUGGAGCUGCUCUGCCACACUCACAGUAUCUUGCUAUCACUGUAACCAACUAAUGCCAAAAGGAUGAUUUUAUAAUAAAAUUAUAGAUCCUAAAACAAA